ACUGUCGCUUUCGAACGCGCCCUCCGCGUUCUUUCCCUUUCCUUUGUAUCGUCUUUCUCCUGCCAACCACCUGUUACCCUUCCCACGCCGAAGCCGCGUCCUUUUUUAUCCCUAAUCCCACCGCUCUCCCCUCUAACCCUAACCCUAGCUCUCACCACUUGCCCCACGGCGCCCCCCAAUGGCGAUCCCCGGGGACGGCGUGUGAGUGAGUAGGAGGGAACGAAGAAGAAGCUCACGGGAUCGGCCAUGGCGGAAAACGGGGAGGAGCGGCUGAUCAACGCCGUGCUUCAGAUCGCCAAGGCCCUCGGCCGCACGGACACCAUGACGGAGGACAUCAUCAAGCAGUUCUCCGACUUCGACGGGCGCCUCUCCCUCGACAAGCUCGCCGUGCGCCGCGACCCCGGCGGCGGCGGCGGCGGCGGCGGCGGCGGCGGCGGGGAAGAUAGCGUGCCCUUCGAGCGGACGCUGAGGGCCCUCGAUCGCCAGAUCUCGCACUUCAUGGGCUUAAAUCGCCUGAUCUGGUCCGACUCCGACGACGCCGACAAGUUCCUCGAGGCGGUGGACGACCUCCUCGACACGAUCCGCGACCUCGACGCGCACCCGGCCGCGAACAAGCAGCUCCUCGCCAGCGCCGACGAGCUCCUCCAGCGGUGCGUCCUCCGCCUCGAGGACGAGUUCCGGUCGCUGAUCGAGCGCCCGGACGCGGCGGCGCCGCCGCCCCCGAGGGGCCCGAGGGCGUACGACUCGGAGGAGAGCGAGGGGGAGGAGGAGGAGGAGGAGGCGGACGAAGGGGAGGGCCAGAUCCCGAUCGCGCGCCCCGUCACGGACUACGACAUCGUGAUCGACGCGCUCCCCCCCGGGUCGGUCUCCGACCUCCACGAGAUCGCGGCGCGGAUGGUGGCGGCGGGGUUCGGGCGCGACUGCUCGGAGGCGUACGUGCUCGCGCGGCGCGGGUUCGUCGAGGAGAGCAUGGCGCGGCUGGGGCUGCGGCCGCGCACCGCGGAGGAGGUCCAGGCGGCGCCGUGGGCCGCGCUCGAGGACGAGAUCUCUCGCUGGAUCCGGGCGUUCCAGAUGGUGUUCCGCAUCCUCAUCCCGAGCGAGCGCCGCCUCUGCGACCGCGUCUUCGACGGGCUCGCCCCCUUCGGCGACCUCGCCUUCGCCGGCGCCUGCCGCGCCCCCGCGCUCCAGCUCCUCUCCUUCGCCGACGGCGUCGCCGCCGCGAGCCGCGCCCCCGACCGCCUCUUCCGCGUCGUCGACAUGUACGAGGUCGUCCGCGACCUCCUCCCGGGGCUGGACCCCCUCUUCGCCGACCACUACUCCGCCGCGCUCCGCGCCGAGGUCGCCACCGUGUGCAAGGCCCUCGGCUCCUCCAUCAGAGGCAUCUUCAUGGAGCUCGAGAACCUCAUCCGCCGCGACCCCGCCCGCGCCGCCGUGCCCGGGGGCGGCCUCCACCCCAUCACCCCCUUCGUCUCCGACUCCCUCUUCACCGGCGGCUUCAACACCGCCACCCACGCCCGCGCGAUGGACAAGCCCGCCGACGCCUCCCGGGGCGCCGGCGCCGGCCCCGCCGCCCCCGUCGAUCCCGACCGCCCCACCUCCUCCCUCGCCGUCCACAUCGCCUGGAUCAUGGACGUGCUCGAGCGCAACCUCGAGGCCAAGUCCAAGAUCUACCCCGAUCCCUCCCUCAGCUGCGUCUUCCUCCUCAACAACGGCCGCUACAUCAUCCAGAAGGUUAAGGACAGCGAGCUCGAGGUGCUGCUCGGCGACGAAUGGAUGCGGCGGAUGAUGGCGCGCGUGCGGCGGUGGGGCGGGGAGUACCAGCGCGCCACCUGGGGCAAGGUGGUGGCCGUGCUCCAUCUGGGGAGCGCCGGGGCCACCGCGGCCACCGCGAAGUCGAUGAAGGAGAGGCUUAGAAUCUUCAACAAUUACUUCGAGGAGAUCUGCCGGGAGCAGUCCGGGUGGGUCGCGGCCGACGAGCAGGUCCGGGCGGAGCUUCGGGUUUCGGUGCUUGAGAUGGUGCUCCCGCCGUACAGGAGCUUCGUCGGGAGGCUAAAGGGAAUGCCCGACGCCGGAAGGGAUAAGUACGUGAAGUAUACGCCGGACGACGUCGAGGCCCGGAUCAAUCGGCUGUUCGAAGGAACGGUGAAGAAGUAGAGUAGAUCGUAGUAAAACAACUUUUGCUCUAUGUUGUUCUUGUUGUUGCUGUUGUUGUUGCUGCUGCAUUGAGAUUGUAGCUGUUGUAUAUGAUCCUAGUUGUUUGAUUGGUACCUAUAGAAGUUUGAGUGAUUUAAUUUCAUCUUGCGACUAAGCUGUUUGAUCUCUUGUGUUCACUGAACUGUUUGGUAGCGUGAUUCUGCUACUGUUCAUGUCUCUAAGUACCGCAAUAGUCAUGUCUCUAGUAUAUGCCAAUAAUUGAUACAA